UACACUCGGGGUCCAAGUGGCAUCAAGUGGCCAUAGUAGAUACCGUGAGUUCAAAAAACAGCCAAUUCAUGCAACCUCACUCAUAUCAGUUCAUUAAACUAUGAGCCGCUCGCUGAUCCCUUGGUGCUGAUCCCUUGGUGCUGGUGAUUCCGGAUUAUCACAAGAAAGCGGCAUUCUCGGCUUCCGUGGUGGGGCCGGAUCGCGAGGUGAGGUGUUAGUCCAGCUCAACCAUGGCACUGCCACUGGUUGAAGAGAUUAUUCGAAGAUGAGCGCAUUUGCAGAAAAACUAUCAUAAAAAGGCCGUUUUCGCACUCUCGAUCAAGUCUAUCAAAUCACUGAAGUCUCAUCGUCCAUUGCCAUCAUGCAGCUCAAGACUUUUACCCUUAUUUUCGCGGCUCAUGCUGCCAUUGCCAGCCAGGUAAAAUGGACAGGCGUCAACCUGUUUGGUCUUGCCAACGAUGUCAACAUCCUCGGAUCAGCUUACAACACCUUCCUUGACCUGUCCUGCAAACCAAGCUAUCACAGCUACCCAUACAUCAACACUGUUGAAGUCUACAAGUCAUGGCACGACAAAGGCUUCAAUCUGUUUCGAAUUGCUAUGGCCUGCCAGCAUGUCCAGACUUCGCUUGGCGGUAGCUUGAAUGAGACCAACAUGGAAGCAGUUGACAAGUUGGUUCAGGCCAUUACUGAUGAUGGCGGACAGGCCAUCCUGGAUAUCCACAACUACGCACGAUGGUACUGCGCUGUCAUUGACCAACCCGAAGUAUCAUUUCUCAACCCCAACAUCACAGUCACCAACGACCACUUUGCCGAUCUUUGGACAAAGCUUGCCGAGAGAUACAAAUCAAACCCCAAAGUUAUCUUCCAACUCAUGAAUGAACCUCAUGAUCUUAACAUCACCAAAUGGGGUGCGACAAACCAGGCUGCAAUUCUUGCGAUCCGAAACGUCACCGAGAAACAGAAAAUACUUGUCUCAGGAACGCAGUUUGCUCGUCUCGUUGACUGGGAGGCGUUCUCUCAACCAGGUAUCGGUCCUGGUCUCAUUCAGGACCCCGCCAACAAUACUCUUUACGACUUCCACCAGUACUUCGACGAUAUCGCCGGAGCAUAUGGUCUCUGCGAGCCUUGGAGCGGUUACGUAAAGAGAUUCGAGGCCGUGACUCGCAUCUUGCGCCGCAAUGGCUUUCAAGGAACCGUCACAGAGUUUGGUGGCGGACCUUUCCCUCAGUGCGCUGAGACGAUUCAAUCUAUGCUGGCAUUCCUUGACCGCAACAGUGAUGUCUGGUAUGGAUGGACUGCAUGGGGUAGCUUCAAUGAGGGCUCGGACUUGUAUCUGAGUUUGGACAAGAACUCGACUUACAACCUAAUCACGAGGACUCUGGAGAAGUUCGUCCCGAAGUAGAAUUGCAUAGCGGAUAGAAUCUGAGGAGACUGCCCGAGUGUGACAUGAAGACGAGGACAGAAGAAUGUAUUUUAGAAUUGUUUAUGAUGCAAGAAGCUCAAACUACGUUUGAAUCAGAUAGAGUUCAGCAG